AUGUCUUCUGUUAAGCAAAGGCUCGUUCAAACUGUGAACUUCCUUGGUGGAGGCCAACAGUCCCCGUCAUCUCUUCCAUGGAACCCGGACUCCUCUGCUUUUCCCCGUCGAAAGGAUCUGCCUAAGAUAUCUGGAGCUCCCGAAGGGGCAGCAUGGGUUUGGGGGAAGGACGAUAAUAUUGGGCGACUUAAUCUUCUGACGCCGAAACGUGUACUGCAUGCAUCUUCUCUGAUUAAAACUGGGGAGCUAAUUCCGUUGAAUCUCCCAUUGAAUAAUCCCGACCCACCAGCAUUUCAUCGCGAGGACUUCAAACACACAAUCAAGGAGCUAGCCGAUGAAACCUGCUACGACGAUCUGUAUGAACUGAAUACCCAAAGCUCAACACAAUGGGAUGGAUUCAGACAUUUCGCUCAUCUUCCAACAAAGACUUUCUAUAAUGGAGCAAAAGCGAGCGAUAUCACAGGCCCUAAUGCGAAUUUGAAAUGUAGCAUUCAUCAUUGGUCUGAACAUGGUAUUGCAGGCAGAGGGAUUCUCUUAGAUUACCGUCGAUAUGCGAAGGCUAAUGGAAUUCACUAUGACCCUUGCAGUGGACACGCUAUUCCUUUUCAGGAACUUGUAAAGUGUGGAAGAGCUCAAGGCAUUGACAUUCGACCGGAAGCACAGGGCGGCGAUAUCAAAAUUGGCGACAUCCUAAUGAUCCGUGCCGGCUUCGUUGAACGACAUGGCGAGCUUUCUCGCGAAGAAAGAGUGAAACUAAUUGCUCACCGAACUGAAAAUGAUGGGGACCUAGGCAUAUUUCAAUUUGCAGGUGUCAAACAAGAAGAAGAAAUAAUAGACUGGCUACAUGACUGUUAUUUCGCCGGCGUCGUUGGGGAUGCUCCUGCCUUUGAACGAUGGCCCACGCAACAAUCUUAUCAUCUUCAUGAGUACAUCUUAUCUCUAUGGGGUAUGCCUUUGGGAGAGAUGUGGAACCUGGAGGGGUUAGCUGCUAAGUGCGCCGAGGAAAAGAGGUGGUUCUUUUUCCUGACUAGUUCACCGGCAAAUGUCCAACGCGGCGUGAGCAGUCACGCAAAUGCAAUUGCGAUCUUUUAG